GGGUCCCGGGGAAUUCUGGGAAGUGGAGUCCAAACAUUCGGCGGAGUCGCGGACACUUCCGCUCGGGGACUGAGGUUGCUGCAGUUUUUCCGCGAUAGUUUGGGGCAGUUCCGCGCGUUGCAGACCCUUCUGAAUUUCCUGGACCUACGCAUUGGAUCCUCAAAGAACUGGUGAUCGAAUUAGGGGAAAAGGGGCCUCGUCGGAGAGUAGAGCUGAAUACCACCAGAAACAUACCUGUAACCAGAGACAGCUGAUUAUAGCUUUCUGCAGCAAGGAAGCCCACGUACCAGGGGCUGUCUUGGCACAAUUCUGCUUUCCCAGGAACUGCAUCACUCAGGACUCUGCAAGUUUCCAGAAGUAAGAGGGAAAAUGACCAUGUUCAAGGAGGCAAUGACCUUCAAGGACGUGGCUGUGGUCUUCACUGAGGAAGAGCUGGGGCUGCUGGACCUUGCUCAGAGGAAGCUGUAUCGAGAUGUGAUGCUGGAGAACUUCAGGAACCUGCUCUCAGUGGGACAUCAAGCAUUCCACAGGGAUACUUUCCACUUCCUAAGGGAAGAAAAGAUUUGGAUGAUGAAGACAGCAAUCCAAAGGGAAGGGAAUUCAGGAGACAAGAUCCAAACUGAGAUGGAGACUGUUUCAGAAGCAGGAACACAUCAAGAGUGGUCCUUCCAGCAAAUCUGGGAAAAAAUUGCAAGUGAUUUAACCAGGUCUCAAGACUUGGUGAUAAAUAGCUCUCAGUUCUCCAAAGAAGGUGAUUUCCCCUGCCAGACUGAGGCAGGACUAUCUGUAAUUCACACAAGACAGAAAUCUUCCCAGGGCAAUGGAUAUAAACCAUCCUUCAGUGAUGUCUCCCUCUUUGAUUUUCAUCAACAAUUACACUCAGGAGAGAAGUCUCAUACGUGUGAUGAGUGUGGAAAAAACUUUUGUUACAUCUCAGCCCUUCGUAUUCAUCAGAGAGUCCACAUGGGAGAGAAAUGCUAUAAGUGUGACGUGUGUGGUAAGGAAUUCAGUCAGAGUUCACAUCUGCAAACUCAUCAGAGAGUCCACACUGGAGAGAAACCGUUCAAAUGUGUGGAAUGUGGGAAAGGCUUCAGUCGUAGAUCAGCACUUAAUGUUCAUCAUAAAUUACACACAGGAGAGAAACCUUAUAAUUGUGAGGAAUGCGGGAAGGCCUUCAUUCACGAUUCCCAGCUUCAAGAACAUCAGAGAAUCCAUACGGGGGAGAAGCCAUUCAAAUGUGAUAUAUGUGGUAAGAGCUUCUGUGGUAGAUCAAGACUUAAUAGGCAUUCCAUGGUUCACACGGCAGAGAAACCAUUCCGAUGUGAUACGUGUGAUAAGAGCUUUCGUCAGAGAUCAGCACUUAAUAGUCAUCGCAUGAUCCACACAGGAGAGAAACCAUACAAAUGUGAGGAGUGUGGAAAAGGCUUUAUUUGUAGGCGAGAUCUUUAUACGCAUCAUAUGGUCCACACGGGAGAGAAGCCAUAUAAUUGUAAAGAGUGUGGGAAGAGCUUCAGAUGGGCCUCGUGUCUUUUGAAACAUCAGCGAGUCCACAGUGGAGAAAAACCAUUCAAAUGUGAAGAAUGUGGGAAAGGAUUUUACACAAAUUCACAAUGCUAUUCCCACCAGAGAUCCCAUAGUGGAGAAAAACCAUACAAAUGUGUGGAGUGUGGGAAGGGCUACAAAAGGAGGUUGGAUCUUGACUUUCACCAGCGCGUCCAUACAGGAGAGAAACUGUAUAAUUGUAAGGAAUGUGGGAAGAGCUUUAGUCGGGCCCCAUGUCUUUUGAAACAUGAGAGACUCCACAGUGGAGAAAAACCAUUCCAAUGUGAAGAGUGUGGGAAGAGGUUUACUCAAAAUUCACAUCUUCAUUCCCAUCAGAGAGUUCACACUGGAGAAAAGCCAUACAAAUGUGAGAAGUGUGGAAAGGGCUACAAUAGUAAGUUUAAUCUUGAUAUGCACCAGAAGGUCCACACAGGAGAGAGACCAUACAAUUGUAAGGAAUGUGGGAAGAGUUUUGGCUGGGCCUCGUGUCUUUUGAAACAUCAGAGACUGCACAGUGGAGAAAAACCAUUCAAAUGUGAAGAGUGUGGGAAAAGAUUUACUCAGAAUUCACAGCUUCAUUCUCAUCAAAGAGUGCACACUGGAGAAAAGCCAUACAAAUGUGAUGAGUGUGGGAAGGGCUUCAGCUGGUCCUCAACUCGUCUGACCCAUCAGAGACGCCACAGCAGAGAAACACCUCUCAAAUGUGAGCAGCAUGGGAAGAACAUUGUACAGAAUUCAUUCUCUAAAGUGCAAGAAAAAGUUCACAGUGUAGAAAAGCCAUACAAAUGUGAGGACUGUGGGAAGGGCUACAACAGGCGCUUGAAUCUUGAUAUGCAUCAGAGGGUCCACAUGGGAGAGAAAACAUGGAAGUGUAGGGAGUGUGAUAUGUGCUUUAGUCAGGCCUCAAGCCUUCGACUUCAUCAGAAUGUUCAUGUUGGAGAAAAACCUUAGUGAUGUGAUGGUGCAAUAAAGUCUUCACUCAGUCUUCAUGAA